AUGGUUGAACAAGGUUUGGUUCUAGGGCAUAUCAUUUCUGAAAAGGGAAUAGAGGUAGACCCUGCUAAGAUAUCUGUUAUUUCACAGUUGCCUUACCCCUCUUGCGUGCGAGAGGUGCGAUCUUUCCUUGGACAUGCAGGUUUCUACAGGCGCUUCAUCAAAGAUUUCAGCAAGAAGGCGCUUCCCUUGUCCAGACUGCUGCAGAAGGAUAUUGACUUUCCUUUUGAUGACAGAUGCAAGCAGGCGUUUGAUUGCCUGAAGGAAGCUUUGACCACUACCCCUAUCAUUCAGGCACCGGAUUGGACAGCCCCAUUUGAGCUCAUGUGUGAUGCGUCUAAUUAUGCAUUGGGGGCUGUCUUGACACAGAAAAUUGACAAGCUGUCGAGAGUGAUCUACUAUGCUUCACGCACUUUGGAUGCUGCCCAAGCAAAUUAUACCACCACUGAAAAAGAGUUGUUGGCAAUUAGUGAUGCUAAGUAUUAUGUUUGGGAUGAUCCAUAUUUGUGGAAGUUGUGUAGUGACCAGGUUACUAGGAGAUGCAUUCCGGACCAUGAGAUUGACUCGGUCCUGCACACUUGUGAGCCUUGUCAGAGAGCAGGAGGAUCCAUUUCACAGAGACAAGAGAUGCCUCAACAACCUAUGCUGUUUUGUGAGGUGUUUGAUGUAUGGGGUAUAGAUUUCAUGGGUCCUUUUCCUGUUUCUUUUGGUUUCUCUUAUAUUCUCCUUGUUGUGGAUUAUGUUUCAAAAUGGGUGGAAGCUAGAGCCACCAGGACUAAUGAUGCUCGGGUUGUUGUAGAUUUUGUUAGAUCUCACCUCUUUUGCAGGUUUGGAGUGCCUAGAGCAAUUGUUAGUGAUCAAGGAACCCAUUUUUGCAACAGAUCCAUGCAAGCUUUGCUCAAGAAAUAUGGGGUGACACACAGAGUUUCUACAUCUUACCACCCCCAAACAAAUGGGCAGGCUGAGAUCUCCAACAGGGAGAUUAAGAGGAUUUUGGAGAAGAUUGUCCAACCCAACAGGAAAGAUUGGAGCAAUAGGUUGGACGAUGCUCUUUGGGCCCACAGGACAGCCUAUAAAGCACCGAUAGGGAUGUCUCCUUACCGGGUUGUCUUUGGAAAGGCAUGUCACCUACCGGUCGAGAUUGAGCAUCGGGCAUAUUGGGCUAUGAAGAUUUGCAACUUCUCCAUGGACCAAGCUGGAGAGGAAAGAAAGUUGCAAUUAAAUGAACUGGAUGAGAUCCGAUUGGAGGCCUAUGAGAACUCGAAGUUCUACAAGGAAAGGACAAAGAAGUUCCAUGAUAGUUCUAUUGUUAGAAAGGACUUCGAGGUUGGCCAACAGGUUUUGUUGUAUAACUCUAGACUCGGCCUCAUGGGUGGUAAGUUGAGAUCAAAAUGGACUGGACCUUUUGUUGUGACUAAUGUUUAUCCUUAUGGUGCAGUAGAAAUCCAAGGUCCAUCUACAGCUAAAAGCUUCAAGGUGAACGGGCAUAGAUUGAAGCCCUUCCUCAGCAACCCUUCUUUAGUGGAUGUAGUGGUGGAGGAGACGUCUUUGGUCCACCCCACCUAUCCUCCUAUCUGA